AUGGCUCAAUACCAAAUGGGUUGUAUGUAUGCCCCGGAUAAAUCAAUAAAGAAAAUGGAGGCUCUACAAAGGAAUAAUUGGUGGGAAAAAGCAAAUUCUAAAGGUAGUUAUAUAAUUGGAUGGAAGGAAUUAAAUUUACCAAAAAGAUUGAAGGGUUUAGGAUUUAAGAAUCUGAGAUAUUUCAAUGAAGCAUUGUUGGCAAAGUUGGCAUGGAGAAUGAUUCAUGAGAGAGAUGCAAAAUGGGUUCAAAUGCUUCAAGCUCGAUUUUGCAAGCAUGGUGAUCCUUUAUAUGGAGAGAUUAAGCGGAAAGGAACGUGGAUUUGGAAUGGGAUUCAAAGAGGCUUGCAGUGGAUUAAACGUUUUCAUGUCUGGGAAGUUGGCGAUACUUCUAAAAUCAAUAAAUGGCAGAGUAAUUGGCUCAGUGAAGGGAAUGCUCAAAAUUUUUAA